GGUGGGGAGGGGAGUACACCAUGGUGUAGACAGGAACUGCACUUAUUGGUCUGCCAGCUGCAGCUCCGGAGCCACACGACUCCCUGCUCGGAGCCCGUGAUCUGCACCGCCAGGAUCCCCGACUUCUGCAAGCGGAUCUGCUCGUUUCUCAGUUGUUGAGCUUAUUUCACGCGUGUUUUCGGGACUCCUUGUCGGAAUCCGGUUGGUCAUGGCCUUAGUUGGGAGCAAGGUUUGGCGAAUGGUGUCGGCACUGAGGCCUCCUCUCUCUCCCCUGUGCCGGAUGAGCUCUCGGUCGUACAGCUCAGAGCACACAAAGGAGAAAAGUGUUCCCUACGAAAAUACACUAAAACAGGAGGACGGCGUCUCUGGACCCACUAAACCUUUACCCCGGUCAGCGGAUGUGGUGGUGAUCGGAGGAGGCAGUCUUGGCUGCCAGACCCUGUAUCACCUGGCCAAAAUGGGUUUGACCAAUGUGGUCCUGCUGGAGCGAGACAGACUGACCGCUGGUACCACCUGGCACACUGCAGGCCUGCUGUGGCAGCUCCGUCCUAGUGACGUGGAGGUAGAGCUCUUAGCCCACACCAGGAAUGUGAUCAGCAAAGACCUGGAGAUGGAGACAGGUCUCCAUACUGGCUGGAUUCAGAAUGGAGGACUCUUCAUUGCUUCCAACAAGCAAAGACUGGACGAGUACAAGCGUCUCAUGUCGCUGGGUAAAGUUUAUGGCAUCGAGUCCCAUGUCCUGUCACCAGCGGAGACGAAGGAUCUUUAUCCACUAAUGAAUGUUGAUGAUCUGUAUGGAACGCUGUAUGUCCCCAAAGACGGCACCAUGGACCCUGCAGGCACCUGUACCACGCUAACAAGAGCUGCCUCCGCCAGAGGAGCCACGGUGAUCGAGAACUGCCCCGUGACCGGCAUUCAAGUACGAACAAACGAUCUCGGGGUGAAGAGUGUGAAGGCCGUGGAGACCUCCCAUGGGACCAUUGAGACACCAUGUGUGGUGAAUUGUGCAGGUGUCUGGGCCACAAAGCUUGGAGAGAUGGCUGGAGUUAAGGUUCCUCUUAUUGCUAUGCAUCACGCCUACGUGGUGACAGAGAGAAUAGAGGGCAUACAGAACAUGCCAAAUGUCAGGGACCACGACGCGUCGGUGUAUCUACGCCUCCAAGGUGACGCCCUGUCUGUGGGCGGUUACGAACAAAACCCCAUCUUCUGGGACAAGGUAUCUGACAAGUUUGCCUUCAGCCUGUUCGACCUGGACUGGGAUGUUUUCAUGCAGCACAUCGAGGGUGCCAUCAACAGAGUUCCUGUUCUGGAGGAGACGGGGAUCAAAUCCACAGUCUGUGGACCUGAGUCGUUCACAGCAGACCACAAGCCGCUGAUGGGAGAAGCUCCAGAAGUCAGAGGUUUCUUCCUGGGCUGUGGCUUCAACAGCGCUGGUAUGAUGCUGGGAGGGGGUUGUGGUAGAGAGCUGGCUCACUGGAUCAUUCACGGCCGCCCUGAGAAGGACAUGUAUGGAUACGACAUCAGACGCUUUCACAACUCCCUGACAGACAAUAUGUGCUGGAUCAGAGAGAGAAGCCAUGAGUCAUAUGCUAAAAACUACUCUGUGGUGUUCCCCUUUGAUGAGCCGCUGGCCAGCCGGAACAUGAGGAAGGACCCGUUCCAUGAGGUGCUAACAGGGCAGGGCUGCGUGUUCCAAGAGCGACAUGGCUGGGAAAGACCUGGCUGGUUCAACAAAGAGGGACCUGCCCCUAUUAAAAACUACGAUUAUUAUGGAGCUUAUGACAUUAAGAAGAAUGAAAACUAUAAAUACAACGAACUCCUCGGAAAAGAGUACACCUUUGACUUCCCUCCACAUCAUGAUGUGAUUAAAAGUGAGUGCCUUUCAUGUAGACACGGCGUGGCUGUGUUUGACAUGUCCUACUUUGGAAAAUUCUAUCUCACCGGACCAGAUGCCAAGAAAGCAGCUGAUUGGCUGUUCACAGCUGAUGUCAACAAAAAGCCAGGCUCCACGGUGUACACCUGUAUGUUGAAUAAGAGAGGAGGGGCGGAGGCCGACCUGACAGUGAGCAGACUGGAGCCUGGAGCUGCCAACCUACCUCUGUCACCAGAAUCCAACGGGGAUGCAUACUACCUGGCCAUUGGUGGCGGUGUGGCAGAACACAACUGGAACCACAUUAGAACAGUUCUGCAGGACCAAGGGUUCCAAUGCCAGCUAACGGACCACUCUGAAGACAUGGGGAUGAUCAGCAUCCAAGGACCCAAGAGCCGUGACGUACUGCAAGAGGUUUUGGACACAGACCUGAGCAAUGAAGCUUUCCCUUUUUCGACUCACAAAACUGUCAAGGCAGCAGGACAUCAGGUGCGAGCGAUGCGUCUCUCAUUUGUCGGUGAGCUUGGCUGGGAGCUGCACAUUCCCAAAGACUCCUGUCUACCCGUGUACCGCGCUGUCAUGGCUGCUGGUGCAAAGCACGGCAUCAUCAACUCAGGCUACAGAGCCAUCGACUCACUCAGCAUAGAGAAAGGGUACAGACACUGGCACGCCGACCUCCGUCCUGAUGACACGCCCUUGGAGGCCGGGCUUGCCUUCACCUGCAAACUGAAGAGCUCCAUCCCAUUCCAGGGCCGCGAUCGCCUCGAGAAACAGAAGGAGGAGGGGCUGAGGAGGCGCAUCGUCUGCUUCACCAUCGAUGAGAAAGUACCAAUGUUUGGUCUGGAGGCCAUUUUCCGUAAUGGAGUUCCCGUUGGUUCCCUACGUCGCUCUGACUACGGCUUUUUUAUUGACAAAACUCUUGGUUAUGGAUAUAUCCGAAACCCUGAUGGAGGAGUGGUGAGUGCAGAUUUCAUUAAAAGUGGUGAGUUCACCCUGGAAAGGAUGGGAGAGGUGUACAAGGCCAAGGCCCACCUCAAAUCUCCGUUUGACCCCGCGAAUAAACGCGUCAAAGGCAUCUACGAGUGAGAAACACUAAAGACUGGAGAAAACACAACAUCCAACUUUACGAUUUUUCUUUUUUAAACAUGCAGGAGCAGCUGUUUUUACACAAUUCUCUCAAGUGCAAGGUUUAUCAAAUGUUGGGCAUUUUAUGUGUUAUGAUGCGACUGAAAUGGAUAUAAUGACAACAAUGUUAAUUUUGAAUCUUAUUAUUUUGUUCAGGUAAAGAUGGCCUGAAGUUAAACCAACUACAGUUUUAUGAAUAUAUGUUGUCAUGUCAUCCAUGAAUAUUCAGUUCAGUUCAUAUGUUAGAAUCAGAUGAUUUGUACACACCCAAAUUGAUCUUAAGCUUUUUAAAAGAAUAAAGUGAAUACAAAUGUUUAUCCAAUUUUAGCAGAAAAUUGCUAAUCCAGACUAUUCUUGUUCAUGCCAAACCACUAACAGUCAAAUCUAAUUUAUUAGUGACUAUUAAUCUGCAGCUAACACCCAUUAUGACAGUUUUUAAAGCUUUGUGACGACAUGUAUUAGUUUUAGGACUCUGUUAACAACUGUGAAGACUAACUAGUUAACUCAGAAAAUCUAUCAGUGAACCUUUGGACAGAAUUCAUGACAAUGGUGCGUCUGUGUGUAAUGUUUCAUAUAAAACAGACAAAAUUUGUUCUUAUUACCAAAGAAAUGAUAAAAGGGCUCAAUAAGAUAUUAUAUAUGCAUGUAUAUGUUUUCAUUUAAAGUCUGCAUCCUGUUUUAGAUUCCUAGUUGUGGUACUUUGUGUAAAUUUUAUUUUAGGAAAAAAAUUAGACUUUUAUUUUGAAGGUCUCUGAUUUUAUCGACAGAUCGUACGAGAAAACCUUGAUACUCAGAGCUUUUUCUACCAUGUCACAUUCCUCUUUUUUUUUCUUCAUCUGCCGCUGGACUUGAUGGCAGUGCCAAGCACAAUGUGUUACAACCUGUUUUCAGAAGUUUGUGAGAUUUCCAAUUUUGUUCAUGCUACGUUACAAAAAAAUUUGCCGUCUACGAGACCCAAAGUUUAUCUCACAUACUUGGCGAACAGAAGCCGCGAGUAAGGCUGUGUUAAGCACAAAGAGUACAAUGCAUUUGUAUGCAUUGCUCUCGCUUGUCUCUGUGAUGUUUGCAGCUGCACAGUGAGCACAGAGUGUUUACUAAUGUGGAAGGAUUCAUUGAUUGUAGCCAGAAAGCUGUAAAUCAUUGCAAUGGGGGUUCUCAGGAGCACCAUAGGUUAAUAACAAGAUUUAUGUAGGAAAUGUGAAACACCGUGAUGAAACGCAGAUACCACAGAGGUUUGCAGAAUUUUGUAUUUUUUUUUUGCAUAAUUUCCUCCUCUCACAUUGUGUGAUGUGAAUGUUGCAGUAUCUGUGAACGAAUAAUAGUUGAAUUUGAUUCUUUAGAGAAAAACGAACUGAAUUUAUUGAUGUUAAGCUGUUAAAUACAAUCGUUGAAGGUGCGUGUUUGUUUGGGCUGCAAAGAAAAAUCACAACUGAAGAGCCGUGAUGGCCAGCCAAACUCCUGUUAAUCCAGACUUGUGUCUCCUGUCCAAAACACUUGUGAAUUAAAAGUCUGUUUAACUUAAAA